AUGUCUUCCAGCCUCGAAAAGGACGCUGCUUUCGAGACCUCAUUCAAAGGCUUCUUGCGCCGGCAACGCACAACCCCCACCCGUCUACCCACCAGCCUGCGCAUGACGGGCCAAACCGUAAUCAUCACAGGAAGCAACUCAGACAUCGGCCUAGCCGUCUGCCGUCAACUACUGAACCCCGACGUCUCCCACCUGGUUAUGCGUGUGCGCUCCCAGGCCAAAGGCGAUGCAGCAGCGAGUCAGCCCCGAGAGGCAUUCCCGGGCUCGCAAGUAUCCGUUUAG